AUGCAGACCGGCAAUUGCUUCCGAUGCCGUCAGGCUGGCCACUGGAUCAAUGACUGCCCUCUCAAAUUCAGCGCCGAUGAUCCUCCACCGUCGAUCCACUGCCCUUGUGGCGGAGGUUUCUGUGAAAUCAAGGUCUCGAAUACUCAAGAGAACCCUGGAAGGAGAUUCUACAAGUGCCCUGCUGCUCAGAAUUGCACGUUCUUCAGGUGGUGUGACAAAGUAACCGAUGAAGAUAUCAGAUUCCGCCCUGCCUUCACCAUCCCAAAUUGCCCCUGCGGUUCUGGACCUUGCCGAAGAGUCACAGCCGAUUCCGGACCUAACGCCGGUCGAUCAUACUUGCUAUGCGGCAUCAAGAAGGGUUUCGGGGCUUGUGGAUUCUUCAAGUGGGAAAAUGUUGAGAGGCCUCCGAGCUGUGAUUCAGCGGACGAGAUGGAUUUCUGGGUUGAAGCUGAUCUAGUUUCGAGUGAUGUGGAAAGCAGCUUCCAGGCUUGUGGUGUGCCGGAAAAUGCAAAUCGAGUGGCGUCGCUGGAGAAAGAAUGUCAAGGUUCUGUUAGCACACAUGAUGUUUCUACAUUCGAAAAUUUGGAUGCCAUGUCUGCUUCUGAUGUACAUUCUGCUGCUGCUGUUGUGAACCAAGGCGUCCCUUUGUCUGAUCCGAUUGUGAUCGAGCCUGAAGAGCAAUGGAUGAAGAGUCUACAUGGUGAUCAGGCAACAGAUUGUGCUCUUUCCAAGCUGAGUGUGGAUGAAGCAAUGAGUCAUUUGAUCAGAGAUACGGUCUCUAGUGGUUCCGCUGUGAAACAUGAAAGGAAGAACCGUGAGCGGCCUGUUGCUGGAACUGGUGAAGCUGAGUGGUCAUUCCCUAAUUUGCAGGAUCUAAUGGAGCAAUACAACUCAGAGAAGCUUCGUUUGGAGAGUGUUUCAGGGAAACAUGUACAAGUGUUGAGUGCAUUUAUGAGUUCAUACAGUCGACUAAGGCUACUGCAAGAGAAAACUAGUCGUCUCAGGAAAAUGUUGAUUGAAACGGAGGAGGAGAUGGCUUGUUGUGAGGCUGAGACAUUAGAAUUUGGAGCAGGUUUCCGGAAAGUGGCUGGAGAAAUGGCUGAGUCUCAGAAGAGGAUGCAGGAGACAGCAGAGAAACUAGGAAAGGAAGUAGAAGCAUUGAAGCAUAAAGAGUUUGUUGACAUGAAGAGAAGAAGAUGCUGA